CAGCCUUUUGGGCACUUUUUUCCAAUAAAGUUGUGGGGUGUGAUAAACAACAUCCACACGGGGGGGAGCUACGAAAAAUGUCGCACAGGGCGCCGAGAGGGAGUAAACGGACAUAUAGCGAGGCGAAACGUAACGCGGACAAAGCUCGUUCCCAAACGAGAGUGAAUCUGGGGUUGGCUUUCACCCGCUGGCGAGCACUGAAGAUGAAGAUGGGGAUGAAGAGCGACGAGGAGUUGGCCUGUUGUCUGCUGGACAGGGCAGACUUUAACUCCAGGAUGUGCUCCGUGGUCGGAUGUGGUUCUGGGCGUCGCAGUGCGCAACGGUUCAAGUUACCGGAGGACCCGGAGAGGAGGCUGGAGUGGGUUCAGUUCCUCUUUGAAGUCAACGGACAGAGACUCAAAGAAUCCUCCUGGACUGACAUCACCGUCUGUAGUGAACACUUCACCCAGGACUGCUUUGAACCCCUGACCUGGGGCCAGCUGAAGCCCGAUGCUGUCCCAUCACUGUGUGUCAAGUUGGAGGAAGACGAACCUCUGGAGAGCCUUCAACAUGUGUAUAACAGCCUAAAUAAACAAGUGUGUAAGGUGUUUACACUAAAGGAGCCUGUGGAGACCACAGAUGCUGCUCGACAGUGUGACGACCUUAAUUGUCCAACUUCCUCUAAAAAAUCCAGAAAAACUUUAACACGUUCGCAAGCAAGUCCUAUGUCAAGUGGUAUCUCCAUGUCAAAUUCAUCUGAUGCUUCAAAUGCUGUCCGUUCUGGAUCUGACCAGAUGCAACAAAAUAUCAUGGAUAUUGAUUUGAACAUGGAAAAAGCUGCGCUUCUACAGAUGAAAGGAAAGCAUGUUGUGAAUGAAAGCUGCCUCUUCCAGUUAUUUCGCCGCAAGUGCCCGUCAUGUGGCUCUAAGCUUCAGAUGGAGAAGGUCACCCAUGGGGUGCUCAUCAUCCUGAACCAACAGUGCCUUCAGUGUGACUACAGAAACCAGUGGAAAAGCCAAAUCAGUGCCAGUGUCCCAACAGCUGAAGAUCAACGCCUGAAAGAAGAAGCAGUAGUAAUCAAACAGGAAAUGCCAACAGAUGACAACCCCUGCAGCACGGUGUUCUCUGAGAUUGUUACUUUUAGUGACGAAGAAAGCGAUCCGUCAGAUGAAGGAGAGGAAGGUGAUGAUGAUGGGUCGAGUUCAGACGGGGAUUGGAAUCCAACUGAGGAGGUUUUGCUGGCUGAAGAGCUCGCGAACGACUCUGAAGAGGAACCCAAAGAGGAGGAUGAUUCAGAUACUCCGGGUGGCCUCAAAAUUAAUGAGCUCUGCACAGAAUGUGGAAGUUUUUUCACUGUUCAGAAGCCUCACACGUGCGAGUACAAAAUAAAGCCCUUUUCUUGCAACAUAUGCGGCAAAAGGUGCGUUACGGAGACGUCUCUGAAAAAUCAUAGCAGGAUCCACGAUGAAACUUAUGACCAUCCUUGUAAAUACUGCCACGUUACCUUCAAAACAAGGGUGGACAAGCUUAAACACGAGCAGACCCAUCAAGACAACAAAGAUCCCUACAGAUGUCCCGACUGUCCAGAGACAUUCGCCACCGGUAAAAAACGCAGCAUCCACCUGCUGGCAAAUCACAGAACCACAAAGGAGUACAAAUGUGGAGUUUGUGGGAUUGUAUUUCAGGAUGUGCAUCAUCUUCGGAGACACUCUGUCGUGCACACGGGAUUGAAACCGUACAAGUGUUCGGUGUGCCAGCGUGGCUUCAACCAGUCUAACCACCUGAAAUCCCAUAUGCGUCUGCACACGGGGGAGAGGCCUUAUAAGUGUCGGCAUUGUGACAAAAGCUUCAAUCACAACGUGAGCUUGAAGAGUCACGUCCAGCGUUACCACUCCUCGAGCUCUGGACGCGAGCGGCAGACGGUAGACGAAAGGGCGAGCGACACCGGUGACGCCGAGGACAGCGGGAAUAAGAAAGGCACAGACUCUGAGUUUGACAACGUAGAAGAAGAACAAGAUACAGAGGAGGAGGAGGAGGAGGAGGAGGAGGAGGUGCAGAAGAAGAAAACAGUAGUGCAAAAAAGUAGAAAGAGGAUCACGGGUAGACCCAGAGGAAGGCCGAAGAGAAGUGCAGCAGAUGGUUCGGUUCUGGCAGGGCGAAAAAAAGGCAAGCGCUCCAAGACUGCAAAAUCAAAGGCGCAGAAAACGGGUUCCAGCGAUGAGGAAAGUGAGGACGAGCAAUCAGUCAGCGACGUGUCCUUUGACUCGGCAGAAGAGAAGGAGACGGUGAGGAAGAGAACAGGGAGAUCAAGAGGAAGACCAAAAAAUGACAGUGACACUGAUUUUGACCCAGAAGAAGGAGCAAAGAAAAAGAAGUACAGCAGCAGCAGUAAGAGUUCAGAGAAACGUGGAAGGGGAAGACAAACAAAGAGGCUAGUGGACUGAAAAUGCCUCAAACACACCGAGCUGAAGAAUUAUUUUGGUGUGCAGCAAUUGUGAAAAGAAAGACGCCAUAUAAAACUGGAUUGAUAUCUAUUGAGUAGAUAAUAAAGGCAAUGUGGAAUAUGAGAAACAAAACAUCCACAUGAAGCAGCGUCUUUCUGAAUUGAGUAGUCUUUUACUGUGCAGUAAUGGAGGGUCAGUCAGUAAAUCAUUCAAUAUUGAGUAUUGGGUGAAUUAUAACAAGGAGACUAUCAGUGUGGAGGAAGGUAAUUGCAAAUUACCUUUUGGAAAAAUGGUAUUACAGUUUGGGGAAAUAUGUAUUAUAUUCAUGUCUUCAUGUAAGAAUAAUAGAGUUUCAAGCUUAAACAAACAUGUUUAUACUGAAGUCAGGGCACUGUGGCACAGCCAGUUUCUAUCUUUUCUUAUUCACUAUAAAGCUACAUAAUUAUGUAACUUCAGAGAUUCGUCAGUCUAUAGGGAAAUCUAGAAGCAUUCAGAUAUUAGGGCUGUCCUGAAUACCACUUUUUGGUCUUUGAAAAAACAAAGCAUUUGAAUGCUGAUUUGAAGGUCAGUUACCAUGGAAACGGUCAAAGCUUCGAAGCAUUCGGGUCAGCCCUAUCAGAUGGCAAUUCAUUGUUACAUUGUUCAGUUUUAUAAAUCAAUAUUCCACAGUUUUACCUGUUGGCUAAUAGAUAAAUAAAUCAAUAAAUGCUGUAUAAUGUUCUUUUACACAAUGCCUUUAAAUGUCUAGAAAGAUCAUUUAACAGUUUGGUAUUUACACCUGAUUGUACAUUUUGGAGUGUUGAAAUGUUGGUUCUCCGCUUAAGCCUGAGUUUCAAUGAUGAUCCAGAGAAUUGUUCCAGAGAACAAUGACCACACCAAUGGUUGUGUACUGUUUAUCCCAUUAGCUACACAUUGAUAUUUACAUUGCUGCUGACCAUUUUGGAUUGAUUUGCUACUUAACAGGUUGAAAUUGGUUUUCAGUUUUCCUAAAAAAAUGCUCCAAUAAUCCGCUUACUGAGGCUUGAAACUAGUUGGAGAUAGAGCAGCUGAUUCAUCACAGUGAAGAUAAGUUAGUUAUGGUGCUGUUACGGUUCCAUAAUAACACAUUUAUUAAGAUGGACUGUUUUGAAACUCAUCCUCUUGGCACGGUCAAGGACCUCAGAGUUUCCCUGAAUGCACCACUGAGGCAGGCUUUGCAAAUAGUCCUUGUUUGCAACUCUAUUAGACCACAAGUAUAUAAGAAAGUAAAUAAAUAAAAAGCUGGAGAUUUCUUCACUGUUUUGAAUAACCUAUCCCAAGUAAGUUUCAAGUCUCUGCAAGUUUAUUACAUACCAUACAGAAACUACAUGUUAAAUAUAUGCAAGUGGUGUAAAACACCCAGUAUGGGCCUUUAAGGGAUGGCAGAUUUUUUACAUAAAAAAUUCAAAAAUAAAUGUGUACAACGGCC